GGCGGCGAUCGAUUAGUCAGGCCUCAGAAAGAUGGCGUCCUCGGAGCAGGCAGAGCCGACGAGCCAGCCCGGCUCUACCCCGGAAAACGAAAAUGUGGUGCCUCGGAAACCCCUUAUUGCCACUGCAGUCAAGUUCCUACAGAAUUCCCGGGUCCGCCAAAGCCCACUUUCAACCCGAAGGGCAUUUCUUAAGAAGAAAGGACUGACAGAUGAAGAGAUUGACUUGGCUUUCCAGCAGUCGGGCACUGCUGCCGAUGAGUCUCAGUCCUUGGGUCCUCCCACCCAGAUGGUGCCCCUCCAGCCCCCUCACCUCCUGCCUCAUCCAUACAACCCUGCAGGUUCUAGAUGGAGAGAUUAUGGGGCUCUGACCAUCAUCAUGGCAGGGAUCGCCUUUGGCUUCCACCAGCUCUAUAAGAAGUACCUGCUCCCUCUGCUCAUGGGAGGCAAGGAGGACAGGAAGCAGCUCCAGAGAAUCGAGGCGAACAUCUCGGAGAUGAGCGGCAGCAUGACGCAGACAGUGACUCAGUUACAAGCGACGUUAGCCUCUGUCCAAGAAAUUCUGAUCCAGCAGCAACAGAAAAUCCAGGAUCUUACCCAGGAACUGGCUGCCUCCAAGGCCACCACAUCCACCAACUGGAUCCUGGAGUCACAGAAUAUAAAUGAACUCAAGUCUGAGAUUAAUUCCUUAAAAGGACUCCUCCUGAACCGGAGGCAGUUCCCCCCGUCCCCUUCCGCGCCCAAGAUCCCGUCCUGGCAGAUCUCGGUCAAGUCCUCGUCGCCCUCCAACCCCACGGUGGCCAACCACAACAGCAGCAGCGACAUCUCCCCCGUCAGCAACGAGUCGGCCUCCUCGUCCCCGGUCAAGGAGAACCACAGCCCCGAGGGCUCCAAGGUCAACUACCACCUUCUGGGCCCAGAGGAGGAGGGGGAGGUGGUGAUCGACGUGAAGGGCCAGGUGCGCAUGGAGGUGCAGGGGGAGGAGGAGAAGCGAGAGGACAAGGAGGAGGAGGAGGAGGAAGAAGAGGAGGAGGAGGAGGACGUGAGCCAUGUGGAUGAGGAAGACUGCCUGGGGGUCCAGACCGAGGACAGGAGAGGGGGAGACGGGCAGAUCAACGAGCAGGUGGAGAAGCUGCGGAGACCCGAGGGGGCCAGCAAUGAGAACGAGAUCGACUAGGACCGCCUGGGCCUCCUUCCUGCCACCUGCCCCUCUACAGCCCCUUCCUCUUUCCUGGAGCGCUCCCCGGGAGCCACGGGGAUGGAGCGGCCCCAGCGUGCUCGGUGUGCCGACUUCCCCGGGGGCCGCCGAGCAGUGAGGCCGCCUCUCCUGCCCCGCCUCGGCCCCUGGGGACCACCCCCCCAGGUCUUUGCCUGGGUCCAACCGGGGCCUUGGUGGGUCUUCCCGAGUUCCGGCUUUUCUGAGCCCCCCCUCAGUCUCAGCUCUGUCCCUCCCGUGCCCCACGCCCCCAUCACCCACACUUUGUCCCUAAAACCAGUCUAGCCUUUGAGAUCUGCGAGGCGCGGGUCUGGGGUCAAGGGGCUCCACGGUGACCCCCGUCCUUGGCGGCGGUCUGGUCUCUGACACCACCAGGCGUGACGACAGAUGGUUUCCUCACCUGACUCCCAAGUCCGUGGGUGAGAACGAAGGGCCGAGGAAAAGGUUCUCCAUCGCCACCCUCCUGCCCGUUGGGCACAGCGGGCAUCCGGCUGCCCGCCCAUCAUCUCUGACAGGGGCGGCUCCAUCUCCCCUUUUCUUUGGGGGUGCCCGGGAGCCCCAAGGCCCUCCCACACUGAGCUGUUCCGCUCGGCCUCUCCCUCCCCCCGGCGACCCCCCGUUGUCCUCCUGGAGAAGCGUGACCGCCCGUUUCUGCCGCAUCAUGUUCUCGCUGGGCCCAACGGCGACGCACGAUCCCUCCCUGCGCAGGAGCCGUGGCCAAGCGCUGCCCGGAACACCCGAGCCCGCCCUGCUCCCGAGAAGCCGCGCUCGUCUGUGUGAUCAUGUAUAGAUUCCAGAAUAUAAGAUAAGACUGUAUAUAAUUGUAAUAAAUAGGAGGUACCACUAUUUAA